CGCGACCUGCAAGGCAGAGAAGCAUCAUGCUAGGUGGACAAUGUCCCGACGUGACGAUGGAUGUCGUUGAAAACGAUCGGUGUAUGACCGACACAACAUCCUAGAUCACGCCCGGUGUUAUGCCGACGCUGUGGGGCAACGACCUACCUAUUGAUGAACAACAAUCCAAUACACGGACGACAACACGACCUGCACAGCAAUGAGGCUUGAUGGAGUGUGCGAUGGUCGGAGAUGAGAGCUCUCGCUACGGAUAAGUCUACUCAUCGUGAUUCAUCUUGUGGUCUUUCUGUAAAUGGGCCUUGUAGGGCGUUCGAGAUUGCGGGAUAGAUAUAUAAGAUGGUUGUCCCUUCUGGGAUAAUCCAUGAAUAGAGCUGUAUUGACCGCUCGUUCAACAACUUCAUCACUUGGCCGCUCAAAAUGACGUCUGAUCAAACGCCUAUCAAGGCGCUUCUCUUCGAUGUGUUUGGAACCUGUGUCGAUUGGCAUUCGACGGUGACAAGGGCCCUGUCAACAGCCGCAACUCGUUCACUCGAGACACGGACGGACCUUGAUGUCGGAGUUCGCGAGAAGGCGAAUCAACUGUGUAAAGAUGGCUGGGGCGACUUUACGCAUGCGUGGCGGUCAACAUACAAGGCUUUCACCCGCGAGCUUGCCUUGAACCCCACCGCCACGUUCAAGACCGUCGAUGAGCAUCACUUCGAUUCUCUGCUCGAGCUCCUCACCAAGGACGGUCUAUUGGCUGCUGGUAACGCUCAUGGCUCGCUCUUUGAUGAUGGGCAGCUCCGAGAACUGUCAUUGACAUGGCAUUACCUUGACCCAUGGACGGAUACCCCGGCCGGUAUCCGCCUGUUCAACGAGAAAUUCAUCACAUCCACACUGAGCAAUGGAAACCUUGCACUCAUGAAGGAUCUGGUCAAGUUUGCCGACAUGGAUUUCAAGCACAUCAUGGCCGCCGAUAUGUUUCAAGCAUACAAGCCAAAUCCAAAGGUUUAUCUGGGUGGUGCGGAAAGGCUAGGUCUACGGCCAGAGGAGUGUUGCAUGGUUGCAGCUCACCUCGACGAUCUGAAGCAUGCGAAAUCCAAUGGCUUGCGAACACUUUUCGUAGAUAGGGCACAAGAGCCCAUUCCUGAAUCCGGUGUUGAUUAUGUCGAUUUUUGGGUCUCCAAGGAGGAGGAUGGCUUCAUUGCAGCAGCUAGUAAACUUGCCUGAUCUGUUCGAGUGGGACUCAUUGACUUGAUGAUACCUUGGUACCAUACCAUAUAUAUACUGUUUAUUGUCGUGUGUACAUGGCCUCUGAUUAGAGAUGUAUAUGUGGAU